AUGAAACAUUAUAGCAUCAACCUUUGUCGCCGAGAACGUCGUGUGUUCUCUUUCAUUUUGUUAUAUUUUUUGCUAGAUCACUUUCAUUAUGGAUGAUCAAAUGUGUCCACGUUGUAAAACAACAAAAUACAGGAAUCCAUCGCUGAAGCUUAUGGUGAAUGUGUGUGGUCACACGAUAUGUGAUAACUGUGUUGAGCUGUUGUUUGUACGAGGAGCUGGAACAUGUCCUGAGUGUAAAACACCCCUCAGGAGAAACCAGUUUAGAGUACAAAUCUUUGAAGAUUCAGUCAUUGAAAAAGAAGUGGAUAUCAGAAGGAGAGUGAUGAAAGACUUCAACAAACAGGAGAGUGAUUUCCCUACAUUGAGAGAAUAUAAUGACUACCUAGAAGACAUAGAGCAUAUUGUUUAUAACCUCACCAAUGGAGUAGAUGUUGAAGACACCAGGAAGAAGAUUGAAAACUACAGAAGAGAGAACAAAGAACUGAUUACCAGGAAUAGACAAAUCAAGAGUCAUGAUAUGAUGUACCUAGAUGCACUGUUGGAGGAGGAACAACAGAUCACGGAAGAACGGAAACAGGAAUAUCAGUUCUUGGAGAAGCAGACGCUUAACCAGAAGAAAAAGAACAAAGAAGCCCUCCUAGAUGAACUGAUCUAUUCUGAUCGACCAGCAGAUCAGGUGAUUGCAAGUCAUGUUUCAAAUCAACAGAAUCAAGAUGCCCCUAUAUACAAAGCUCGUCCUAAGGCCAAAAAGAAAGCUAUUGAAACGUCAUCAGGAGCAAGGCUGGGUAUUGGAUAUCAAGAUAACUUCUUACCCAUACCCAAGGUAGAAGAGAUACCUUAUGAAUACAUGGAGGUGGAGGUGUACACAUUCGGUCCUGAAGCUCCAUCCUCUCUAGAAAAGUUACAAUCUGAUGGUUAUGUGAGGCACAUCCGUCCUGCAUCGCCCUCUGGUGUUGGAGGAGGCUACAAGGAGCACAUGGCAUGUCAGAGAGCUGUAGAGGAGGCUUUCUCUGGACUCUUUUUCUUUCCAUUUAGACUAAAAAAUGUGGAUCCACUAGGAAUUGAAACCAGCUGAUACAUGUCUGUGUGGUACGAACUUGAACCCUUUAGAGAGAUUACUUCCAACAGGUCCAUUGUAAACGAAUGGAGAAUGAAACCCUCCCAAAACACAAUCUUAUACACAAAAAAGAGGAGUGUGAUAUUUUGGGGUAGGCAUGGAGGUUUCAUUAAGGUAAUGGAUUCAUCAUCUUAGUUAUGUGCAUUGAGAGACAGGAUGAUAUUGGAGGCAGGAAAGCGAUUUGCUGCACUAGAUGUGAUGGAAUGAUCCUGUGUAUCCAUCUGACAAGACUAAAAAAAUGAGAUGAUGGCAUGCAUGCCAAUAAUGGGACUUCAGGGUUUUCUUCUCAAGGAACAUUUAUAUAAGGCCCUACUCGGAGACUCACUGAGAGGACGGUAAAGUGAUGAUGAUAAUAUGAACAAGAAGAAAACAGAGUUUUUUAGCAUGACUUUAUCAACAACUGAAUUGUCUUUUCUCCCCCAUUUUUUAAAGGACAUACUAUUUCAUCUUGUGAUAUUGGAAGUUACGUCUAAUAAUUCUUCUGUUAUUGAAAUCAACUUUAUAUUAAAGUGGACUUUCUCCCCCCCCCCCCCCCAAAAAAAAAAAAAUGGAUUCAGUUUUAUAAAAGGAAAAGCUGAAUGACAUCAUAGGGUCAACAAAAACUCCAUAAUGUUAGCUAUUCAGAAUUUGUACCUGUGUAUGUUUGUGAAUGUAAAGGCAUAUUUUGUGUUCUAAAUGAAUAGCAAGUGAGGUUAAAAAAAGUCCUUUCGUUUUGGCUGUGUGUUAUAAGAUACAAGAAUGUGAAGUGCAGUAUGCUUAGAACUCAAAGCAGUCAAAAGUGCAACUUUCUAAAUCUUCUUUGGAGGAACUGAGAUUGCAAACAAGGAAAUUGUCUUUCUUCACUAACACUGUUUUCUUCAGAGGAUUCAAAAUAUCAGUGUAAAAGUGAUCUUUCAAAACAUUCAGGGGGAGGAUAAGACCUGUUUUAUGAAAACCCGUUUGUUCAUUUAAAAGGAAGCCUAAAGUUAUACUGAAAGGACUAUCUUGACUGUUGAUUAUAUUGCAGGGUCUAAUAAAAUAUUAUCAAAUAAUUGGAUUAUGUUUAUAGAUGGGUAUUCAAAACCACAGAAGAGUGGUUUAGAUCAAUUCCACUUUCUCCAGAUGUUUCUUGCAGACCCAUGCAAGAAGUGCUUUAGAUUCUUGUACACUUAUGUAUCAGUUUGAGUAAGAUUUAUGUUAACAGAAAUAUUUUGCAAUAAAAACAUACAAAUGAAAG